AAGGAUCCGCUUUCUAAAUUUUGGGCAGCAUACAAAACUGUUUCUGACGAGUAUGAUGACGACAUGUUAGAGAGGUGCAAUGAAAAUAUGAAUAUAGUCCUGAUCUUCGCUGGUCUGUUCGCCACUGUCAAUACCGCGUUUAUCAUUGCAAUGCAGCUAAAUCCUAGUGACACCACCAACGUUCUGUUGGCACAGCUUAUCCAGAACAUAUCAGAUGGCCGUUCUGCUACCCAGCCAACCAUCCCUCCGUCAUCUACAGGUUUUUCUUCUUCCAAAUUAUGGAUGCAGGCUCUUGCAUAUGCGAGCCUUGCAUGGAAUCUUCUUGCUGCCUAUGGCGCUGUCAUGGGCAAGCAAUGG